GCCUCUCCAGCGGCGGAUGAACCGUUGUCCCCCCCCCCUUCCCCAGCGUAUUUAUCUGUCGGCCGAUAUCUUGAUUCCCGCGGAUUCAAGCGUACUCGGAUCCGGCGUAUUCAGGGCGGUAAUACAAGGAGCUCCGCCGUUCGAGCAUGUUGCCGCUUCCCAACAUCUUAUCCGGGCUAUUGGAGCGCUUGGUCUGCCCGCUGCGGUUUUGCGUUUCCGCCGACCUUGUUUAUCUAUUAUAAUUUGAGGGUCGCCCGCGUCACUAACCCCCCCCCCCCGUCGAAGCUCCGAGGGUCCGUGGGACGUCUGAGCCAUGCAUACGAGGCGUCUGGUGAAACGCUCGGUCCUCGGGAGCCGCGUCUACGCGCCGAGCCCGACCGGGGAUGGCGCGCCGGUGACAGGAGUGGUCCAGGCUGUCAAGCAGGAAAACAGAGAUGUCCCGGCCACCGGCGCCCGGCGCCACGUCUACACCGUGUUGCUGCAAGACGGCAGCCUCAGGGAGUUCUCCGAGGACGAAAUUGCCGCGGGUUUCAACCACACGGCAGCCAAAGCGCCGCUGAAGUCGAGUUUGAAGCAAAGUUCCACUAACGGGGCCCCAGAGGCUCACAAGGUGGAAGGCGGCUCCCUCAGCCCGGAGACGGUGGAGGAGCAGCGUGUCGUGGAUGGUAAACGCUGUGGCCGGGCCCUGGAUCCAGACACGCGUUCAGUAUCCCUGCUGGAACAGAAGCGCAAAGUGGUCUCUUCAAGCAUCGACGUCCCCCAUGCCAGGCGGUCGGAGGAGGAGGUGGACAUGGACAAGGUGACGGCUGCCAUGGUGCUGACCAGCCUCUCCACCAGCCCGUUGGUCAGGAGCCCGCCUGUCAAAGUCAGCGAUGGUCUGAGCGGUUCAUGGAAGGACAACGGUUCAGCCGGUCCCUUCACUCCCUCCAGCUACAGCUCCUCUGGGGGUUACUGGAGCUGGUCUGCCCCCAGUGACCAGUCCAACCCGUCCACCCCGUCCCCACCGCUCUCAGCAGACAGCUUCAAGCCCUUCCGUGUGCCCAGCAUAGGCGGCGUGGGGCCCGGCCCCGCAGGACCCGAGGACCCCAGCCUGGACGAGCAGGACGGCAGUAGCCUGCUGUUUGAUGAGCCCAUCCCACGCAAACGCAAGAACUCCAUGAAGGUGAUGUUCAAGUGUCUUUGGAAAAACUGCGGCAAGGUACUGAGUACCGCAGCCGGCAUCCAGAGACACAUCCGCACAGUCCACCUAGGGCGUAACUGUGACUCAGACUGCAGUGACGGCGAGGAGGACUUCUACUACACGGAGAUCAAACUCAACACCGACUCGGUGGCCGACGGCCUGAGCAGCCUGUCCCCUGUCUCCCCCUCCGUCAUCUCCCCUCCCCCGCUGCCCAGCAGCCAGCCCUGUGAGCCCCUCAGACCCCCUGGGCAGACCGCCGACGCCAAGGAGCACCACGCCAACAGCAACGGUGGCAUGGUGGGCACCACGCCGCUCAGCCGCUCGGCUCCCAGCGCACUCUACCUCGUUCACACGGACCACGCCUACCAGGCCACAGCGCCGGUGUCCAUCCCCUCCAGUGGAUGUAGUUCAGCAGGCUCGACCUCCACCAGUUUCACGCCCACUAACAGCUCCAGUUUCAGCAUCUCCUGGCAGUCACCACCCGUUACCUUCACCGGCAACACGGCGUCCCCCAGUAAAAGCCAGGGCUUUGGUGAACAGCGCUCCCAGACUAUAGCUGCCCUCUCCUCCCCUCCCAGAGCUGCCACUGCCCUCAGCCGGAAGGUGCGUGGGGAGGGGAAGAAGUGCCGCAAGGUGUACGGGAUGGAGAACCGGGACAUGUGGUGCACAGCCUGCCGCUGGAAAAAGGCUUGCCAGAGAUUUACCGACUGAUUCACCGUCCUGCCGCGCCAACAGGGCGCCGCCACCACUGCAGCCGCCUAUCGCCAGGGAAAGGAGGAGGGGCGUCAUUUCGCAUGCAUUCAUUUUUCUUCUCAGCUCGACUUCAACUCCGUCCAUCAAAACAUCGGCUCCGCCCCUACUUCCGCCCA